UCCGGUGUCAGUAUCAACAAAACAUUUAGCGAAAAAUUGAUCAAGGGCUGGUCAAGACAGUUAUAUUUAGUAAUUUCAGAAACAGAUAAAUAAUUUCGCAGGUGCAUGUUUGAAAAGCAUGCAAUUAUUAAAUUACCCGUGUCAGCAAAGAAGAAAGUAAGUUAUUUCAUAGACAUAAUGGAGGCAUCCUCAGACUUAUUUUUGCCAGCUUUGUUAUUUACGUUGCUUGCAAUUAUUGUAGCAGCAGUUAUCACUCGUGCGCCAUCAAAGUGCACGCAUCAGACCACUACUGUUGUGAAUGACAGAGACACUGGAGAAGAAUCGCACAACAAUGAAACAAACUGCAAUGCAACGCAUCAUCCAGAGACGGUGCAUCAAUCUAAUGCAAAUACACCCAAAGAUGAAACUAUUCAAUCGGAUUCUAGCCCAGAUCAUGAUGAAGUCUGCAGGUCAGACUGUGCAGAUUACAGAAGCAGCAGCGGAUGGGAGGAAGAGAAUUCAUCAGAGUAUGGGAUGAGAAAUGCACUGAGGGAUUAUAACCUGUCACCUGAUGCUGAAGAGAAGCCCUUAAAGUACAUGGCUGGCAUACUGAGGGCCAGUCAGCUUGAAAAGAUGAUGACCAAAGAAGAACUGGAGGAAGAGCAGAGGGUUCAGCGAGAUCAGCUAGCUGCCAUUUUCCAGCUACUCCGAGACAAACAAGAGACAUUUGGCGAUGUGACACAGAGCGAUUUGGAAGAACAGCUUAAACUCUACUCUAUUUAAGUCUGUUUUUUUCAGACUUUUUCUGUCUGUCUAUCAUAUACAUUAUGUAUUAUACUAUUAUGAUAUACUGUACUAUAAAUUGCUGUACAAUGUACUUACAUAAUGUAUAAUAUAUCCAUUUAGGAAUCUCAAACCUAAAGUACCUACAAGUAGAUGGUAGUUUUUAGUUGUUUUGAGAUAUCAUGGAUAUUAUUUAAUUAUUAUUAUUAUUAUUUAACGAUUAUUUUCUCUAUGUAAUUUAUUA